AGCCCAAAAGAUUUAUAAACGCCUGGAGGGAAAGAUGCCUCUCCAGUUCUCGUACCUCAAUCCAAGCAAAGAAACCCAUCAAGCGUCUUAAUUAUCACAGUUUUGCAACCAUGGCUUUGGUGAAGAGAGCCCUGGCUCUGCUGAUGUCAAUCACAUUAGCGAUGGAGUUGAUCCAUGCAGCUGUGUACAAGGUUGGGGAUUCUGCUGGUUGGACCACAAUUGGCAACUUUGACUACAAAAAAUGGUCUGCUACCAAGACCUUCCAAGUUCAUGAUAUUAUCCUUUUCAAAUACAAUGCUCAAUUUCACAAUGUGAUGCGAGUUACACAUGCAAUGUACAAAGCAUGCAAUACCUCUGCCCCUCUGGCAACCUACACCACCGGCAAUGAUUCGAUCACUAUCAAGACUCGUGGUCACCACUUCUUUUUCUGUGGUGUCCCUGGCCAUUGCCAAGCUGGACAGAAGGUUGACAUUAAUGUACUACAAAGCAAUGAAAUGGCACCAACUUCGUCCGUUUCUUCUUCAGAGUCCUCUCCACCAGUUCCUUCUGCCAAAGUACCCGGGCCGGCCCCAAGUAAUGCCAUGCCAUUGAAGGCUUUGAAAAGUCCUUCUGGAAACAUUGGUUUGGCAAUGGCUGUUUUGGCAACGUUUUGGAUCAAUUUUGCUUAAUUUUGAGGCUUUGUUGUUCUGAAACUUUGGGUUAUGAUAGAUGUUAUACAGAUCAAUGUUGUCGAAGAAGUGAUCUAUAAUCAUUUUAUUAGCAUCUUCGCUCAAUUGUUUUGAUUGAACAUCGGACCCGGUAUAGGGAUUCGUUUAUAUAAUAGACCCUAUAAGCAGUUGAUAAAAUACACCGUGAGUUUUGAUCUCUAGUGUAUAGAGAUGGGUGCACCUUCUGUUAAAAGUAUGUAUUGCUUUAAGGCACCUAUUCUUUUGCCA